GGAAAACUUGUUGAAGAAGAAAAGCAUUUCAAAGCUUCGAUUUAAUUUUAUUUUUACCUACUUAUUACUAGAUAAAAUGUGGAACGACGGAGGUUUUGGUGGUGGAUAUGAGUCCAUGGACACUAGUGGACAGUUUGGAGGAGGUGGAUAUAUGCAAGACAAUCAGUUUGCUUCACCUACAUCAAGCUCACAAGAAAAAAAGAGGUCUAGCAGUAAAGCACAGUCAGUCAUUCCGUGUACCAUAAAACAACUAAACAGUGCAAUAUAUGAUCGUGCAAAUGAUGUAUUCAAGCUUCCUUACACAGAUUUGAUACAGGUUACCUUUGUGGGAGUCAUCCGAAGUGCACAGGAAUCCUCCACUAACAUUGUAUACACAGUCAAUGACAUGACAGGAGAAGACAUUGUUGUUAAAAAAUGGGUUAAUGAAAAUGAGGAAAGCGACGAGGAGCGUGAAAGAAGGUCAGCUUGCAGGGAGAAUACAUAUGUCCAAGUAACUGGAAACUUAAAGUCAUUUCAAGAAAACAGUCGUUCAGUGAUAGCAUUCAAUCUUGUGCCCAUUACUGACUUCAACCAACUCACACAUCACACAUUGGAAGUGGUCCAUGCACAUCUCGUAUUACAAAAGGAACCAGAGAUAUGUGGAAAUACUCCUGGUGUUGGUAUGACCCCUGGAAAAGGUGGUUAUCAGGGAGGUACCAUGAUCAAUACCCCAGGCAAGAUGGAAACCAGUGGGUUUGGCGGCAGUGCUCUUGGUCUUAGUGGAGUAAAAUUACAGGUUCAUGAAUUGAUCUCAUCGACCAACUCUGAAGAAGGAAUGGGUCUUGCUACCAUCAGACAGAGGUUAAGGGCUGUGCCAGAGAUGCAGAUAAGGAAUGCUAUAGAAUUUUUGAGCAACGAAGGACACAUUUACACAACAGUCGAUGAUGAGCAUUACAGAUCUACAGACAGUGGUUGAUUGUUGUAGUUAGUAAAAUCUCUCUUGAAUGAAAAAUCUAUGUUAAGCUUCUGUUUCUUGACUUGUUGAGGUAUAUAAUAGUUAAACCUUAUAAAAAAAUGUCAUAUAUAGUUUUUUAAUUUCACCACUUUCUAUACAUCGCUUCAGUGGUCUAGAACAGCCUUGGACUGCUCCUACAAAGUUCAAAUUUCAUCCUUUGAAACUACCUUGUAGCCUCUACAUUUUGAUGCUUUGUGUGUGACCAGUGAACUGAUGUACAGAAGAUGGUACAUAGCUACCUUGACAGCAGAAAAAGUAAGCAGCCUAUUUCUUUUUGCUGGAAACUCAACAUCUUCUAGCUUACUAUCCUUUGGACCUAUUGCUAACUUAGAUUUUUCUUUGUUACUUCACAAAUUAUGUAUGGGUAACACUGAUCUUACUGACAACUUCUCAACAUGUUCUUCAGUUACUCAUAUUGUAAUUAUAUAGCACUGUUACACUGUUAAAUAUUAAGCCAUGUCUUGCAAGAAGAUGCUCUCAUUCUUGUGAAACCUUUGCUUGCAAGCUUCUAAAAACCAGUUUUUAUAAUUCCAACAUUAACAUAUCACGAAGCAAGUUUACAAGUACAGCAAAUAGACCUUUUCAUAUUUCAAGUUUACGAGUACAGCAUAUAGACCUUUUCAUUUUGGGCAAAAUGAUUUCCCAUUUCAGACUGUGUUAUUCUCUUGAGAAUAAGAUUCUUUAUUCUAGUGGUAUGCAUAUUCAUCUGUAUUCUCCUAUGCAACAAUUAAACGAAGUUGUAUUGAUGUUCUAGAGAAUGACACAUGGUCUUAAAUAGGAAAAGGUUGCAUCCAAGUUAGAGAUCCAAAAUGGGAACAAAGUACCCUCUCGUUAUAACUUGCUGGGAUAGGAUAGGCCGAGUACUGAUUUUUAUACAAGCUUUGUACCUGUAGCUAUGGCUCCUUGUGUUUUCACUUAAGAUCCGAUGUCAUACCAAAAAGAAAUAAAAUAUUUUCACUUGGUCUCAAGAUAA